AUGCCCAUCAAACCAGUGCCCAUCAGACCAGUGAAUAUCAAACCAGGGCAGGGCAAACCAGGGCACAGAAAACCAGUUAAUAUCAAACCAGAGAACUUCAAACCAGUGAAUAUCAAACCAGGGCAGGGCAAACCAGUGUACAUCAAACCAGUGAAUAUCAAACCAGGGCAGGGCAAACCAGGGCACAGAAAACCAGUUAAUAUCAAACCAGUGAACAUCAAACCAGUGAAUAUCAAACCAGUGCAGGGCAAACCAGGGCACAAAAAAACAGUGCCCAUCAAACCAGUGCCUGAAAAACCAGUGUCCAUCAAACCAGUGAAUAUCAAACCAGUGAACUUCAAACCAAUGAACUUCAAACCAGUGCCCAUCAGUUACCCCAAAACUCUCCCUGAGCACCCCAUGCUCCCCCAGCUCAGAAUGUGGGUGCUGAUCCCCUGA